CUUGGCCUGUUUUUCUAGCGAGCAUCGCUUCGCUCGUGACAGUUCGAAUCACGCGCGGUGCUUUGACAUUUCGGGACAAUGACGCUUUAAUAAUGCUCAUAUUCGGUCAGCAGAGAGCUGUGCAAUAGUUCCCGCGCAUCAUCAAUUUUGAACCGCUGCUCUCCGGUAACCAUUUGGGCUGAAGAGCCACAAGCCGAGACUGAAAGCACUGAAGGUUGUUCCUGGAUUGUGGUGUCAAUUUCUUUCGACUACCCCAUUGAAGAGUUUCCAACUAUGCCUACCUCCGAUGUCGCGGCACCCGAAGCUGAGGAGCCGCAGGGCGAACCGGGUGGACAGAAAAGUGGUGGCGACGUCGUGUCAGAUGUUGCAACAGUUGCGGAUCCGGCCAAGACUCUCGAAUCACCAAGCUAUGUGGAGGAGCUUCCAGAUGACGUCCUGCUCUUGGUUCUCGGCUGGCUCGACAUCAGGACGCGCGUCAUCAUUGAAAGAGUGUGCCAUCGGUGGAAAGAACUUGCAAAAAGACUCUGGAAGGCCCAAUGCAAGCUCUCUUUCACAGGCGUCUUCUCAAUCAGCCAGGGAAAGCCUUUGACUGUUGUCAUCCUGCGAGCAAUCCUAAGCCGCUGUGGGGAGUCAUUACGCAGUCUGGACUUGGCCACAGCAUCACACAUGCUCGACCACAGGGCAGUCAAGGCCAUUGGAUCACGCUGCCCAAACCUAGAAUACUUGGAUGCCUCAGGCGUACAGCUGAGCAACGCAUCCGUCCUGCAACUGGCUAACAGGUGUCCAAAACUCAAGACUGUCCUUCUGAAAGAUUGCUGUGACGUUAGGGAGAAGAGCCUCCGGCGACUUCUUCGGCGCUGCAAGUGCUUGGAGCACGUCGACCUGGCUGAUAUGUACCAGUUCACCGGAGAGUGCUUCAACAUCGAUGGACUGGGGCUGCGCCGCCUGGUUCUGCGCGGCUGUUCAGGGCUCACACCGAGGGGUAUCUCGAGGAUCGCCACCAAGUGCAGUUCCCUCACCGAGCUCGUACUUUAUGACUGCUACACGAUUGCGGACCACGAUCUUCAAUCUAUUUGCCAGAACAUGAGGACACUGAAGACCCUGGCAUUGGCAAGGUCACUUUAUCACGCUACCAGCAAUGGUAUCAAGGCCAUUGGCAAUUUGCGCCAUCUGGAGUCCCUGGACUUGAACAGUAAUGGAUCUGUUGACGAUGCGGCCUUGGCCCCCAUUUGCACCGGCUGCACCAAGCUCAGGUUCCUGAACCUUUCGAACUGUGAUAAGGGCAUCACGGAUGAGGCAAUGAGGCACGUGGCAAAGUGCCGUGAACUGAGGGAGCUGAAGAUCAACUACGUAGUGAAGAUCACUGAUGCAGGCAUGCACAAUCUCGCGUGCCAUGGUCUCCUGCAGUCACUGGAAGCUCGUGGCUGCACACUACUCGAUAAUCCAGGUGUGCUGGCAAUGGUGGAACUGUGCCGUGACCUAAGACUACUUGACCUCAGUGGCUGCGAGCUCGUGUCGACUCCGGCCAUGGAAUCAUCUGCAGCCAUCGUUGCCGAGCGGCCACACGUCCUGACCGUGAUUGUCGGAGGAACAUCCGUUGAGCAAGGCGACAUUUCCACUGACAGCAAGGGGAAGUUAAAAAUCGAUUACAGUGAUUACUGUGUGGAAAGCUACCUGUCCGGUGACAUAGAUUUAGAAGAUGAAGACUACUGGGAUAGGGAGCUGGACGGAGCAGAGGAUUAUGACUACUGGGACCCAAGUGACUACGAAGACGAUGAACUGAUGGGUGGUGAUGUGUUUAUCAACAUUGACGACGACCUUUGGGAUGAAGGCCCAACCGAGGAAGACUUAAUCGCGGAGGAAAAUGCAAUCGCGGAUGAAAUAGCAUUCGAGGAGCAAAGCGACCUUGCAUUCCAGGAAAAUGCAAUCGCGGAUGAAAUAGCAUUCGAGGAGGAAAGCGACAUUGCAUUCCAGGAAAAUGCAAUUGCAGAGGAUAGUGCAAUCAUGAAUGAAAUCGCAUUCCGGGAAAAUGCAAUUGCGGAGGAAAAUGCAGUUGCGGAUGAAAUCGCAUUUGAGCAGGAAAUCGCGAUUGCGGAGGAAUACGCGAGCUUGGAUGAAAUGGCGUUCGAGGAAGGAUAUUUCUUCUGGUGAAUGAAGCGGGGCUACACACAUUCUUGUUGUUGCAAGGAAGGUAAUAUUUCUCACUCCCAUGGACUAGUACGCUACUAGCUCACUGCCCUUCUAAUAACGUUCUUGCGGUUUCCCGUGCCACCUACUUCUCACUGUGUUCACUUACCGUAAUCAUUUGGGAACAUCUCACUUCGCCCGUCCAUGGUCCGCUGAAUUCCCGAGGCCAUGCUUACAGAUCCUUACACACACAGUUGUUUUUACAGUCGCUUUACUCUGCGUGAGUCAUGCUGCCAUGUGUGUGUGAUCUUCUUUUUGUAUGUAGCAAUCAUUUUUCAUUGCACAAAACUUUGGGCAAAUCUUACUAGGCAGGACAUUUUAUGAAAACCAGAAAGUAUGUCAAGUCACGCGAUGCACUCUUAAGGGGGGACACGCUUGUGGAGACCAAAAAAUCAUCAAAGAAAAAAGUUUUUUUAUUAUAAUAUUGAGAUCUACAGCUAUUAUUUCGCAUGUUAUGCCUAACAUAAGUCUUAUAAGAUCAGUAUUUCAUUCGCAGGUUACAUGUGUGCAAUGAGUACGAGCUGAAUGUUAAAUGUUUUUGGGUCACUACUUUAGCUUUUCUGAGUGAUAUCUCAAGAUCUAGAAGAGCUAGAGCAGUAAUAAAUUUGUUAACAUAAAGCCCAAGCUGUGGAUCACAAAAUGCUGAGAGCAGAAUUCUAAUUUUCUGCUCAUAGGCUUCUUAAAUUUGAUUUUUUUUUUUCACGGUGUUCAGGGCACAAACAUUGAAUUUCGAUCAUCUGCAGAAUGAAUAGUUAUGAUUUGAUUUGUAAACUGUUUGCAGUGUUGCACUUAUUGCAUAUUGUAGUAUCUAGUUAUCUGAUAAUAUGCAGUUUCUGCUGAACGGUUUUUUUUCCUAUUGUCUCCAAAAGCAAUAGAGAGGCAGAUUUGUGUAUCUCAUAAAUCAGUUUACCUACAAGAAGAAUUAUAUUGUAUAUUUGGAAUCAGCAUGAAAAACUAAACAGGUCUAAUUAGUUUAAUCAAACUGACAUAAAAUACAGCAAAUAUCUCCACAUGUCAUGUCCCCCUUAAGCAAAACACUUCAUAAACAUUACGAAAGUUAGGCGAUACUUCCCCUACAAUUUACUGUUCAUUAAACAACCUUGCACAAAUUUCUUUCAUGCGAGAGACAGCCAGAAACUCUUUUAUUAAAUAAUUAUAUUAGGCUCCUAAAUAUACGCCGUCCUUUUGUAAUACUCGGCUUUUGUCAUUUUUGAAAAAUAUUUUGGUCACCGCAAAUAAUAAGCCUUUAUUUAUUCCGGCCUGAACCAAGUUUACAUCAAUUUCAAAUGCGUGCAUUAAUGUUUUGCCUCUUUUCUCUGCAAUGCAACUUGCCUAAUGUUUGCUGCGAUUAGAUGUGUGUAUGCGUUGUUUUUUUUUUUUCCACAUUCAGCGUUGAGUAGUCUCGUCGUCUUGGAGGUUGACGUGUCUGUGUGUUCCGCAGCUGAAGUUACCAAAAACGUAUAUUUUCGUGGCUAGCAACAAGCACAAAAUGAGGUUUGGACACGUUACUGAAAACAUAAGGCAUGAUUGAGGCCUCAUGUUUUUUACAUCUAGAAGUUGCAUGUAUCGCUGGCUGUAAAAGCAUUAUUGUAAAGUUGGGGUUAGACAGACAGAUCUGAAAAUUUACACAAUUUUAUUCGCACUGCUGUAUUAUUAGUGAAGUGCAAGUGGUGCCCCCUUCUAGGACAUUGCAUUUCAAAUUGUGAAUGAGUGCUCAAUUUGGAGCCAUGUGGUAAUACUGAAAAGCUAUCAAAUGUUGUACAUAGCAUUUCUUUUGUUGUUCAUUUUUGUCGUUGACUUGCAUUGGACGUUAAAUAAAGCUUAGGACGGUGGAAGUUGGAUGUCUUGUCUGUUUGCAUGCCUUUGU